AUGGGCUGUGGUGCUGUUACAUUUGGAUUUAUAAUUCUUUGUCUUCACUUUGGGCACGCUUCAGGCACUUCAUUGAAAGCUGUUACUAACGUAAAGUGGAAUUCCUUCAAUUUUUUCACAAAACUAGAAUGGGAAAGGACUUCAGAAAAUGCAGUGUACACCGUGAGAUUGGCUGACCGAAAAUCUGACUGGAAGAAAAAGCCUGAAUGUACCCUGAUUAACGCCACAAGCUGUGACCUGACCAGCCUGAUGCAGGACGUGAAUGCCCAUUAUACUGCAGAGGUGCUAACCUACAAUGCCAACGACACAGUAGGAAUACGAGAACCUCCUUUCACCAAAUCUCCUGAAAUCCAGCUUUUGAAGGAUACUGUUAUUGGACAAGCCAAGUUCACCAUCACCAGAAAGCGUAAAACUGAAAUUCAGCUGACAAUAGAAGAUCCAAAUACCUACAUCAGAUUUUCAAAUAACACUCAAAAAACACUCCGGGACAUCUAUGGACCUCAACUUCAGUACAAAAUGACUUAUUGGAAGGACGGUUCAAGUGGCAAGAAACCAGACACUAUAAAUGGUCAAGUGCUGAAAAUGGAAGUUGAGCCAGCUUCCUCGUACUGCUUCUCCAUUCAGCCCUAUAUCAAGUCAUUACACAAGCAUGGCCAAACAAGUAUUGACCAAUGCGUAGCCUCUGAACCAACCUUUUUUACAGAGUAUGGCUUCGGCAUGUUUGCCUUAAUCGGAGUUGGAGUACUGCUGCUUCUCAGCAUAUUUAUUGGGAUAACAGUGUUCCUGUGCCGACGCAAGACUGUUCACAAUGUUCCUGAAACCAAUCCCUUGACAGCUUAGGCAUAACGUGGAAGAGUGUGUGUUUUUCGACAGCUCUGUUCCAUGAGCUGGUGGGUGAAGCUUUUCUUGAACUGAGGGUCGGAAGCAUUUCUGCAUUUGUACCUUACGGUUACGGCUCAACAUUCACAAGUGGAUGGAGGAUCAAUAGAUUUGUUUCUGUGAAACAAUAGGACUUACCCAGGUACUAAACGCAUGCAGAACGGUUCCUGUAAUUUUCUAAAGCACUACUUAGACUCUGUCAAUGAUUGAUAAGGCACUUUCAUUUAUAUUUCUCUGUUGGUUUCUGGGUGAUACUAUAAUGCUGUGAAAUUUUAGUGUUGUAAAAGUAUUGAAUAACUCAAUUUUAAAUAUUUUUCUUUCUACUGAUGGGCACCUUUAGUAAUCUUGUGUAUAUUGGGGUUUAUUUAUCUUGCAUAUCUUUCAAAGGGAAAUAUAUAUUUUGUAUGAGUAUUUUUAAUUUUUUAGUAAAAAUAAACUGAUUACUUAAUAAAUGAUGGUGACGGCAACAUUGAAAUGGUUGUGGCUCUUUUAUUU